GAACGUCGUAGGUCGUGCACGUGAAUUGUAAAAUUGUUGCGCAGUAGUGCAAGUUGCACGUUUAUAUUUACUGUCCACAGGGACUAGUGUUUAUGUACGCAUUGACGAAAUUUCUUACUUCUAAUAUUAUUAUUAGUUGUACAAGUUUUAAAAUCAUACCGUUGUGAUUGUGUAAUGUGAAGCCUGGAAGAUUUAUAAAUUUUGUGUACAAUUUGCUAUAUUUGUGGAAGUGGUGCAUUUGUUAUUUAUAGAUUCUAUAUCAGUCAUGUUGUUUUGCCGGUGGCGCUAAAAUGUCUCAACGCGAUACGGCUAUUCAUCUUCUAGCUGGAGGGAUAGCUGGUACAGCUGGAGCAGUCGUGACAUGUCCCCUUGAAGUGGUGAAAACAAGACUGCAGUCAUCAAAGGGUGUCGGUAUUCCGCCAACGACACCACCCUCAAACGCUGCUAAUUCAAAUAGAGUCUGCUCCAAAAUCCCUAAACAUCAGAAACAAAAACAAAUGAAGAGCAGCUGGAAGAGGCCGACAAACGAACGUACGGGUCACCUAAUGGAGGCCAAAUGGGGCUACAGGCGAACCAUGGGCGCAAUGUUCGCGUACCACAAGCAGGCUGACCGAAUGCUGAUGUCCCACAAUUACCAGGUGCAGCAGUGCGCGCACGCCGGACACGCCAGGGCGCAGUCGAGGAUGUCCCUCAUACAGUGCAUCAGGUACAUAGUGAAGAAUGAAGGUGCCCGCGCCUUGUUCAAGGGUCUUGGGCCGAACAUUGUGGGGGUAGCUCCCUCCAGGGCUAUUUACUUCUGCACAUACUCUCAAGCGAAGGCGAUCCUCAACCAGCACAUCUCGCCAGACACACCUAUCGUCCAUAUCUCCGCGGCUAGUGCUGCCGGGUUCGUGUCCUGCACAAUGACCAAUCCCAUCUGGUUCGUGAAGACCCGGCUGCAGCUCGACGGACAGAACGUGACAGCCCUGGAGUGCAUUAAGAGAAUAUACGCGAGACAUGGUAUCAGAGGCUUCUACAAGGGCAUAACAGCUUCGUACAUGGGCAUCAGCGAGACCGUGGUCCACUUCGUGCUGUACGAGGGUGUGAAGGCGCGCCUCAUGGCCGCACGCGGCCGCGAUGGAGCUGCCAAUGACACGCGCUCCCCGAGGGACUUCCUGGAGUUCAUGGGAGCCGGGGCCUUCUCCAAGACAGUCGCCUCCUGCAUCGCUUAUCCACACGAAGUGGCAAGAACUCGACUGCGUGAGGAGGGUGACAAGUAUCGCAAGUUUUGGCAAACGCUGCACACCGUCUGGGUAGAGGAAGGUUACCGCGGGGUCUAUAGGGGACUUGGCACCCAACUGGUACGUCAGAUACCAAAUACGGCUAUCAUGAUGUCCACAUAUGAAGCAGUUGUGUAUAUACUGACUACACACUUCAACAGUUCCUUCUACGAGAAGACUUAGCUGUUUUACCGACUAGCAUAGAGCCUUGACCCUUGAAAAAAAUUAGUUCAGCUGUCAGAAAUGUUGCCAUAUAGCAUACAUUGGUGAAUCAUGUUUUAAGAAAAAAUACAAUCUAUAAAUAAGAAAUUUCACAAGUAUUACAAUAAGAAUAUACAAUUUUCAAACCUACUCAUAAUCAUAGCAUGUAAUUGUGAUUUUAAACUGGCAACAUUUUGUAGUAGAUGUGGUAUUUUUAGAAAGAUUUGUUAAGAGUGGCUAUUGUAUGUUGUUUUUUAUAGCAAAGAAAAAUGGCCGCAUAAGAAGGGUGUCCGAAAUGGAUCUCCAAUUGUAAAUAAAUAAAUAUAUAUACCCAUAUAUUUUGAAAAUGCGUUAUAUACAUUGGGGGCAACUAAUGGGGCGAUAUGUAAUUCGAAAAUAUUUAAAGCUAUAUUAAUUAGUUUAUAACAUCAGAUUUUGUUUUAAGGCGUACUUUAAGAAAUAGCACGGUAUCAAUGUCGCUUACCCCCGCAGGUGGUGAAAUAAAAGAAAAGGGAUAGUGCACAAAAGCGCCAAGAUCAUCUCCGCCGUAUAAUAUUUUUUUUUUAAUUUGUAACAAAAUAAAACCGUAUUUUUUAAAGUAGGUCCUUAAUACGGACAUAUUGCUUACACUAAAAGUUAAUAAAAUAAAUUCUAUUUAUUAUUUAUGUGCACACAAGUAAUUUAGCAAUUUUUUGAGGUAGUCAGUUUUCUAGUCUUGCAUAGAAAUUUUGGUAUCGCCUACAUAAUUUAUAUCCUAUAUAUACCUAUAUAAGUAUACUAUAACAAAUAUUCAAUAUAUUUUAUAUGAUGAAUCUUAAUUAAGAAUAAAUUAUUUCAAUGUUUUGUUAAAAUUUUCAAUAUUUUUAUGUUGUCAUUUGCGAGACCAACUUGAUUAUGUUAUUAGGUAUAUCUUAAAAUUCUUCUAGUAAAUGUGUUUGUUUGGCUGUUUCUGGCGUACCUAUUUAUUCUGAUAUAAAUAAAAAUUUGAUUAUAGACUAAGAGAUGCUGAGACUUAUCUAGCGAGUUGAGUCAAAGUCCGUAUUUAUAAACAUCGCUUUGAGUGCGCGCUAAGCUUAAGUCCACCAUAUCGUUAUGGCGACUUAGGAAAAACUCAGACUUUGAUCCGAACAAAAAGGAGAUCAUCAAGUCCUUGCGUCAUUCUUGCGUUUGCUG